CGUAGGCGCGACGUACGCUGAAGGUCUCAAGACUGCGGGGAGUUGCUGUCUGAGUAGCAGUUACCGUGAGAAUGGCGUGUACGGCUGUGGCAGCCACCCGACUCGGGCUCGGCCUGUGGGGCGCGAGAACCAUGCAGGCCCGGGGCUACAACUUGGAAUCCCGUCAGUUCAGCAGCAGCCCUGUCGACGACAUCGGCGGCGGUGCCGGUGCCAUUCGGGACGCCGGCGGGGCCUUCGGCAAGAGGGAGAAGGCUGAGGAGGACCGGUAUUUCCGAGAGAAGAGCCGUGAGCAACUGGCAUCCCUGAGGAAACACCAUCAGGAAGAAAUUAUGCACCAUGAGAAGGAGAUACAACGCCUGCAGAAAGAAAUUGAGCGUCAUAAGAGCAAGAUGAAAAAGCUGAAAGAGCAUCAUGAUGAUUAAGCUGCUUUUCUUGUUCAGUGGUCAUCCUUGAUCUAUAUAUGGUAUCAUUGUCCACUACUUUGUGCCCAAUGUGACAUACUCUCUAGCAUGAUAUACUUUUUGCUGUGUACUGCAACUAAAUGGUAAUAAAAUGUGAUCACUGA